GAAAGCGCUCCUCUCUCACACACACACACACAGACAGCAUGGAGCUCCAGGGGACCGGGGCAGAGCGGGAGCUGCAGCCGGGGGACGGCGCUCAGAGGGCGGAUGCAGGAGGCAGCGGAGGCCGGUCCCAGCUGCCCUGGGUGGAGAAGUACAGGCCGCUGCAGCUGAGCAGCGUCGUGGGGAACCAGGAGACCGUGAGCCGCCUGCAGGUGUUCGCCAGAGAGGGGAACGUGCCCAACGUCAUCAUAGCAGGUCCUCCAGGAACAGGAAAGACCACCAGCAUCCUGUGUUUGGCCCGAGCUCUGCUGGGAGCCUCCAUGAAGGACGCCGUGCUGGAGCUCAACGCUUCAAACGAGAGAGGAAUCGACGUGGUGAGGAACAAGAUCAAGAUGUUCGCUCAGCAGAAAGUCACGCUGCCCAAAGGACGACACAAGAUCAUCAUCCUGGACGAAGCCGACAGCAUGACGGACGGAGCCCAGCAGGCCCUGAGGAGGAUCAUGGAGAUCUACUCCAAGACGACGCGCUUCGCUCUCGCCUGCAACGCGUCGGAUAAGAUCAUCGAGCCGAUCCAGUCCCGCUGCGCCGUGCUGAGAUACUCCAAGCUGACGGACGGGCAGAUCCUGGCCCGGCUGCAGGAGGUGGUGGAGCAGGAGCAACUGUCGGUGUCCGACGACGGGCUGGAGGCCAUCAUCUUCACCGCGCAGGGAGACAUGAGACAGGCGUUGAACAACCUGCAGUCCACCAACUCCGGCUUCGGCUACAUCAACAGCGAGAACGUCUUCAAAGUGUGCGACGAGCCUCACCCGCUGCUGGUGAAAAGCAUGCUGGGACACUGCGUGGACGGGAACAUCGACGAGGCCUACAAGGUGGUGGAGCAGCUGUGGGCGCUGGGCUACUCUCCAGAGGACAUCAUCGGGAACAUCUUCAGGGUCUGCAAGACAUACCAGAUGGCCGAGUACCUCAAACUGGACUUCAUCAAGGAGAUCGGGUACACUCACAUGCGGGUGUCUGAAGGCGUGAACUCUCUGCUGCAGAUGGCCGGUCUGCUGGGUCGACUCUGCAGUAAGACGGCGCCCCCUGCUGCCAGCUGAACCUCCCGUGUUUGAACUGAACCAGGAUCUGUACAUUAAAGUUACUGCAAUGUUUUCAUCUGUCGUCUGGAUUUAUCUGUUGCUGUUGUUUCCACCGGACGUCACCGCAGACGGUUUGUGUUCGUCUGUGGAGAAAAAAUAAUGUAACAACUACAAUAAAUCAUCUUUUCUUUGAUUCGC